UUCACUGAGUUAUCUUUCCGGACUUUGUACCACUGAGCAUUGAAUAAACAAAGCUACAUGGAAUUGAUAGUUGUGUUCAAUGUUUUCUAAGACGGCACCAUUGGAAGGAAGUGAGGGAUUUAUAGUUGUGAUAUUUAAAACUUUACUCAGGCUGAUCUUCUGAAAGGAGUAUACAAUGGCUAAUCUGCUGGAGAAGUCGAUGAUUGGCUUACUAGACUUAAUAGGCUGUGUGUAUGAGCUGGUUGUGUUUGUGCCAUACUACUUCCUUUGUAAACCAUACAAGAAGAUGGAAAACUCUCAACGCAUAAAGAGUAAGUCAAUAUCGGGAGACCCAGCGGGGCCAUACCGAGCUGUAGAAGUGGGAGGGAACCAGAAACUGGCCACCACGCUGUUUGAGGACUGUAUUACAGUGGACGAUCUCCUGAUCCGUUCCGUACAGAUGUACAGCUCCUACAGAUGUCUAGGAACAAGGGAUCUACUCAGCGAGGAAGACGAGAUGCAGUCCAAUGGCAAGAUAUUUAAGAAGGUAAUAAUGGGAGAGUAUAGAUGGAUCACUUUUGAAGAAAUGUUCACUAGAGUGACCCAUUUUGGAAGUGGUUUGCUGGCCAUGGGACAGAAACCAAAGAAAAACAUCUUGAUAUUCUGUGAAACAAAAGCAGAGUGGAUGAUCGCAGCUCAGGCCUGCUUCAAGUUUAAUUUUCCAGUUGUUACGCUGUAUUCCACACUUGGGAAGGAAGCUGUGCUACACGGCGUAAACGAAUCUGAAGUUUCCCAUAUCAUCGUCAGCACAGCACUAACAUCUAAACUCAAAGAUAUCAUACAGAAGAUGCCUAAUGUCACCCACAUUAUAUAUAUAGGUGAUGGGAAAUCCCCCAAAAAGUCGGAUUUCCCAGAGUCUAUACAGCUGAAGUCUAUGGAGGAGGUGGAAGUCGUAGGAGCUCAGAUUGAUAACUUACGUGUUCCUGUGACAAAGCCCAAACCAGAUGAUCUAGCUGUAAUUAUGUACACCAGUGGAUCUACAGGUGUUCCCAAAGGUGUGCUAAUAUCACAUAGAAACCUCAUGUCUGGAAUGGCAGGACAGUGUCAGAAGAUUGUAGGUCUUGGACCUAAAGAUACAUAUGUUGGUUAUCUCCCUUUGGCUCAUGUCUUAGAACUAAGUGCAGAGAUAAGCUGUCUGGCUCAUGGUGCCUGCAUUGGGUUUUCCUCACCUUUGACCCUAACAGAUAAUUCCAGUAAAAUAAAGAAAGGCAGUAAGGGUGACCUUUCUGUACUGAAACCUACCCUAAUGGCAGCUGUCCCGAUGAUAAUGGACAGAUUGUACAAAGGGGUGUGGGAGAAGGUGAACAUGGGAGGAUCUUUUAGUAAAGCUUUGUUUGAGUGGGGCUAUGACUACAAGAAAAAGAGGAUAGAGAAGGGAUACACCACACCUCUACUGGACAAAUAUGUUUUCUCCAAGAUAUAUUCAGUCCUGGGAGGGAGAGUAAGGAUGAUGCUGAGUGGGGGUGCCCCACUGUCAGAGAAAACCCAGAGAUUUAUGAACAUCUGCUUUUGCUGCCCAGUUCUUCAGGGUUACGGCCUGACAGAAACCUGUGGGGCAGGGACUAUACAAGAAGUUGAUGAUUUGUCCACUGGAAGAGUAGGUGCUCCUCUGAUAUGUUGUGAAAUUCGUCUACGAGAUUGGCCUGAAGGAAACUAUACCUCAAAAGACAAGCCUCACCCCCGAGGAGAAAUAUUGGUAGGUGGGGGUAAUAUAGUUCAAGGUUAUCACAAGAUGCCAGAGAAGACAAAGGAGGAUUUCACAGAUAUUAAUGGAACCUGGUAUUUCUGUUCAGGGGACAUUGGACAGAUGGACCCUGAUGGUUGUCUUAGGGUCAUUGAUCGUAAGAAAGACCUUGUGAAACUUCAGGUGGGAGAAUAUGUGGCUGUUGGUCAAGUAGAAACUGUCCUGAAAAUGGUUCCAGGCGUAGAACAGAUUUAUGUUCAUGCUGACAGUAAUCACGAAUUUACACUGGUGUUUAUUGUCCCCAAUAACAAGAAUUUAGAGGAUUUAGCGGAGAAACUCGGUGUCAGUGGAGAGUUUGAAGACAUCUGUAAGGAUAAGAAGGUGGAGAGUGAAGUUUUGAAAAAACUUACAGAGAGUGGAAUAAAAGGAGACCUGGAGAGAUUUGCCCUACCUAAGAAAUUGAAAAUCUGCCCUGAGCCCUGGACGCCCGAGUCAGGACUGGUCACCGAUUCCUUCAAAGUAAAACGCAAAAGUUUUGAAGAACAUUUUAAGGAAGAUAUUGAAGAAAUGUAUAAAAAGUAGAAUUAUAUCAAUUUGUGCCAUCUGUCACUUCUGGAUACAAGCAUUCUGUCAUAUCUGUUAAUAUUUACAUGUGCUUUACAUGGGAUUUGGGAUACGUUAUUGUACAUGUAGGUUAGUAAAAAGUCCCUGUGUUGUACUUUCAUACACUUGUAGUUUUACCUCUUUUAAUUUUUAGUGAUAGUUAUUUUCCUUAUGUUAAUCUCUCUUUUAUAUUAAGUUUUUCAAAUGAAUUCAGGAAUUUAGACACAUUUUUGUUUUUUUCAAUGUUAUAAAUUUUUGGGAAUUUAGAAGUGUACAUAAAGGUCAGUAAAUUUGUAAAUGCAUGCUUAGUGCUUUUUAGUAGCUGUUGUGAGAAACAUGGUAUGAUGUGCUUUAUUUUUUUGGUUUUUUAGUCCCCUACCGGUGAAACCGGAGGGGACUAUAGGUUUCCUCUGAGUCUGUCCGUCCGUCUGUCUGUCUGUCCGUCUGUCUGUCUGUCUGUCCCUCUGUCUGUCUGUCAGUCUGUCCCACUUGGUUUUCCGCA